ACACACCGCUGACUUGCGCAUAGGCAGUGUACAUUUUCGUAUCUCCGUGCAAAGUCUAUGUAACGUGUACGUCGCGCAACUCGAUUAGCUCGACUGAUGACAGUGACAAGGCUCAACUUUAUAAAUGACACAACGCUUUUGCCUAUCGAUUGCUGUAUCACAAUAAACUAAAUAAGAUAUUUGUGCCCAUAGGAAUAUUCUUAUAAGAACGACAUGCUGAAUUAAGUUUUGUACGAUAAUCUGUGGCCUAAAAAACAAGGACAUAAUGGCCGACGUCCAGUAUCAAGCUCCUCUAAAAAAUAAAGGAAAGAAACCAGAUGACAUUCAGUCAUUUCUGCCAACAUUACCUGCAAAACGAAGCAAGCCAGUAUGGCAGGCCAACCCACCUUCUUUUGUCCUGUCCGGGAAACCCCCUGAAGAUGAAGUAGAGGAUAUGAGUGUAUCAGCACAGAUCACUCCAAGAUCAAGGAAAGUUAGAACCAGGACCAGGACCAAGUCUAAUGAAGCAGAACAGAAUGGAACCAAUGGGAAAGGAAAGUCCUUUGGGCAUCCACGCAAGGACAGAGAAAGCUUCAGGAAUGCCCUUGUCAAUAUCAUUAUGCAACAAGAAACAGAAGCAAGACCACCUUCUGUUGAAGGGGAACUCCCUCCUCUAUCAAGAACAGGGUCACCUACAGCUGCUGAGAAAGAUAUUCUGCGCUACUAUUACUACAUCCACAAUGGGAUAGACACAGAGCAUGUAGCUCCUAUGGAAGACUCCUGGUUGGAGAACGUCCUGCAGCUGGUUGCUAAGGGUCUCAAAGAAGGUCAUGGGGAAACCAUUGAAACCCUCUCAGAUGAGAUGAAAGAAGACUACUUGCUCAGCGUCAAGAAAGCCAUUGUUGACUUUGUCCUGCGUGACCCCCGAGAGAGGGAUGAUGACAAGCAAGAGGAAGUUAUUCCUCAUCGUGCUGAACUUUCUGUUGUACCCAAGCCCUGGAACAAGUCCUUCCUUACUGCCCAGGCUGCUAUUGUCCAAGAUCUUGACAUUACCAACCCUACCAUGCUUCAAGUCCUUGAGCUCUGGCAUGUCUCCUUUGGAAAUUUGAGGUUGGUUGACAUCCAAGAGUUUCAUCAGAAGUCUACAUCCAUGGAGCUACCAUUGUUCCAGACUCUUGUCAUGAGACACAUAGAAGGAGCCAAAGAGAAAUUGAUGAAGAAGUGGUUUCCUGAAGUUCAGAACAUCUACUAUCAGGGUAACCGUAGGAAGCUGGUACCAAGCAACCACAAUGGCAAGAAGCUUGAGGCUUUCUUCAACUGUGCUGCCACCUUGAUGACCCAGCAACUCCAGGAACUCUGUCUAGUAUCCAUGGAUGACUUCAGUAGUCUCAUCUACCAGUCACCGACCUCCAUCCGUGCCUUUGAGCACCCUGGCUUUGUUAUCAGGCUAGUGUUGGAUGGAAGUGACAUCAAGUUUGAACCAACUUUCCCGGACUUUGAAGUUGUUCUUCUUAAUGUCUAUGAUGUCAUGAUUAAAUCUGUCAGUGUCAUUCCAAGGGUUGAGACCAAGCUCUAUUCAGAAUGGAAUGGACCCAAGUCUACAUUGCAUCCUAUCAUCCUUGAUGAAAUCCUGAGUGAGCACAAGGCUAAGGUCAAAGAGAUCAUCAAACGAGAGAGUGAACGUCCAAAGGAACAUCUGAAGAUAUACGACAAAUACAUGUUCCUAAUCAACAAACAGGCUGAUGGUGAUGUAGAUCAGUUCAUGCAGGAGGAACAUACCUUUGAUGAAUACACCAAGGAAGUGGAGAAAUACCAUCAGCUUAAUGAAGAGAUCAUGUUCCAUACCAGAAAGGAUGGUGCUGAUCAGAGAAAGGUGGUGAGAUUAGGCAUGUUUGAGCUGCAUUGUGAUGAACUGAUCCGAGCCCUCUCCAAGAGAGCUGAAAGCCUGAUGGAACGCCUCCUUGCAAGGAUGUGCAAGGAUCAUGCUGAAGCCAACCGCAAACUGUGUGAAGAAUACGAAGCCAUUGCCGAGAAAGCUCUCACCACACCUCCAAACACAGAGAAACUAAUGGAACUGCGGGCAUUUAUUGAGAACGUUGAGAAGAAGACCAUCCAUGAGCUUGAGAAGGACCUGGUCCAAAGUAGGGACCGACUAACCUUCCUGGUGGAUUAUGCCUCAUUUUCUCCCGCUGAGAUACGUCUGAACAGCAGUACGUUCCAGUGGCAUGAGCGCAUGCCAGAGAUCUUUGCAGAGCAUAGGACCAUUGUAGAUGAGAAGACUGCCCAAUACCAGGAGGGACUCACGUUGAGGAGAGAGAGAUUCCAAGAAGAGCUGGAGAGCUACACCAAGCAGCUUGAGGAAUUCCAGACAUUUGGUGAUUUGUCAGAGGUCAAUCGAUACCUCAAAAAAGCCCAGGCUCUCAGCAACAGGCUUGAAGCAGCUGCAGAGAAGAUUGAAGCCUUCAACACAGAAGAAGAGUCAUUUGGCUGGCAGACAUCUGCUUAUCCUCAUAAGAAUACCAUCGUCAGCACCCUAACCCCGUACCUCAAGCUCUAUGAAACUACUGUAGAAUUCAACACAAAGCACAAAAAUUGGAUGGAAGGUGCUUUCUCUGAAGUGAACCCUGAUCAGGUGGAUGCUGAUAUGGGUAACUACUGGAGGACACUCUAUAAGCUUGAGAAGCAAUUCUCGGAGGUACCUACUGCUAAGAAGAUUGCUGAGAAAGUCAAAGACAAGGUGGAUAACUUCAAGGAGUACAUCCCAUUGGUCACAUCAGUAUGUAACCCAGGUCUUAGAGAUCGUCAUUGGGAACAGAUGGCUGAUAUUGUUGGCUUCCCGCUCAAACCUGAUGAGGACACCACCCUGUCUAAGAUGAUAGAUAUGAACCUUGAGCCAUACCUAGUAAAGUUUGAAGGAAUCAGUGAGGCAGCUUCUAAGGAGUAUUCCCUUGAGAAAGCCAUGGAGAAGAUGGUUGCAGAAUGGGCAGAAAUGGAGUUUGUAAUGAUCCCAUACCGUGAGACUGGUACCAUGAUCCUGUCUUCAGUAGAUGAUAUCCAAGUUCUGUUGGAUGAUCAGAUUGUCAAGACUCAAACCAUGAGAGGAUCACCAUUCAUCAAACCUUUUGAAAAUGAGAUCAAGGCCUGGGAAGCCAAGCUCUUGCUUCUUCAGGAGAUCUUAGAUGAAUGGCUGAAGGUCCAAGCCACCUGGCUCUAUCUGGAGCCCAUCUUCAGCUCUCCUGAUAUCAUGGCUCAGAUGCCAGAGGAAGGGCGUCGCUUUGCCACUGUUGACAAGAACUGGAGAGACAUCAUGAAGGCUUCUGUUGUGGACAAACAUGUGUUGGCUGUGACAGAGAUUGACAAGAUUCUUGAGAGACUGAAGAAAUCAAAUGAGCUCCUGGAACUCAUCCAGAAGGGUCUGAAUGACUAUCUGGAGAAGAAGCGUCUGUAUUUCCCACGAUUCUUCUUCCUGUCCAAUGACGAGUUGCUUGAGAUCCUGUCAGAGACCAAGGAUCCAACCCGUGUACAACCUCAUCUCAAGAAAUGCUUUGAGGGUAUUGCCAAGCUUGAAUUCACUGACAUCUUGGACAUUACUCACAUGAAGAGUAGUGAGGGAGAGGUCAUUGAACUUAUCACAUCUAUCUCAACGUCUAAAGCCAGAGGUCAGGUGGAGAAAUGGCUCCUUGAACUAGAAGGAUACAUGAUUACUAGUAUCCAUAAGGUAUUGAAGGAAUCCAUGGAUGCCUAUGCUAAAACAGACCGCAAUGAAUGGGUGCUGUCCUGGCCCGGUCAGGUCGUGCUCGCCGGAACUCAAAAGUACUGGACCGAUGAGAUCCACAGGGCUAUUGCGACCAGCCAAGAAGCCCUACAAGCCUACUGGGAACUCAACAACAGACAGAUUGAUGAUAUUGUCGCCCUCGUCCGUGGCAAGCUCAGCAAGCAGAAUCGUACCACUCUUGGAGCUCUUGUUGUGUUGGAUGUCCACGCCCGUGAUGUCUUGACAGAAUUGGUGAAGAACGAGGUUCACAAUGAGAAUGAUUUCCAAUGGUUAUCCCAGCUUCGUUACUAUUGGGUUGAGGACAACAUGAUCACGCGCAUGAUCAAUGCCAUGCUGGCAUAUGGAUAUGAGUACCUAGGAAACUCUGGACGUCUGGUUAUCACUCCACUCACUGAUAGGUGUUACAGAACCCUGUUUGGUGCCCUCCAUCUCCAUCUUGGUGGAGCUCCUGAAGGCCCUGCUGGGACCGGUAAGACUGAAACCACCAAGGAUCUUGCCAAGGCAGUGGCCAAGCAAUGUGUAGUGUUCAACUGCUCCGAUGGUCUGGAUUACAUUGCUCUGGGCAAGUUCUUCAAAGGUCUGGCAUCCUGCGGGGCUUGGUCCUGCUUUGAUGAGUUCAACCGUAUUGACCUUGAGGUGUUGUCUGUGGUAGCCCAACAGAUCUUGACUAUCCAGAGAGGUAUCAAUGCUGGAGCUGAUACAAUGCUCUUUGAAGGUUCUGAGAUUAAACUAGAUCCUACUUGCUCUGUAUUCAUCACCAUGAACCCUGGUUAUGCUGGUCGCUCAGAUCUACCAGACAACCUAAAGGCCUUGUUCCGUACUGUGGCUAUGAUGGUUCCAGACUAUGCUCUCAUCUCUGAGAUUGUGCUCUACUCCUGUGGGUUUAUCAAUGCCCGCCCUCUGUCUGUCAAAAUUGUUGCUACAUACCGUCUGUGCUCUGAACAGCUCUCAUCUCAACAUCAUUAUGAUUACGGCAUGCGUGCUGUGAAGUCUGUGUUGACUGCCGCUGGUAACUUGAAGCUCAAAUACCCUGAAGAGGAUGAAGAUAUUCUGAUGUUACGUUCCAUCAAUGAUGUCAACCUGCCCAAGUUCUUGUCACAUGAUCUGCCUCUCUUUGCUGGUAUUACAUCUGAUCUGUUCCCUGGGGUAGUCCUUCCAAAGCCUGAUUACGCUGUCAUGACAGAGUAUAUCAAGGAGAAUUGUGAAAAGUUGAACCUUCAGCUGACUGAUGUCUUUAUGGACAAGAUCCUACAGAUCUACGAGAUGAUGAUCGUUCGUCAUGGCUUCAUGAUAGUGGGAGAGCCAUUUGGUGGCAAGACUUCAGCCUACCGUGUACUAAGCAUGGCUCUUGGGGAUAUUGCUGAAAAGGGACUAAUGGAAGAGAACAAGGUUCAGAUUACAGUCAUCAACCCCAAGGCUAUCACCAUGGGUCAACUCUAUGGUCAGUUUGACCCUGUUUCUCAUGAAUGGUCAGAUGGAAUCUUGGCCAUUAGCUACAGAGCCUUUGCCAGCUCAACGACACCUGAUCGUAAGUGGCUAAUCUUUGAUGGUCCUAUUGAUGCUAUCUGGAUUGAGAACAUGAACACUGUCCUUGAUGAUAAUAAGAAGCUAUGUCUGAUGAGCGGUGAGAUCAUCCAGCUUGCUCCUACAACCAAUCUCAUCUUUGAACCCAAAGAUCUUGAAGUGGCUUCUCCUGCAACUGUGUCUCGAUGUGGUAUGAUUUACAUGGAGCCUCACAUGCUUGGAUGGGGCCCUCUUGUUGUGUCCUGGAUGAAUACCCUACCCGCUGGUUUCACAGACAUGCACAAGAAGAUGAUCAAAGAUAUGAUGUAUCGCAUGCUCCCUGCCUCCCUAGAGUUUGUACGCAAGAGUGGGGUCAAGGAAUUGUCACCAACCAAUGACACCAACCUUGUGAAAUCUCUGAUGAAUCUGAUGGACUGUCUCUUUGAUGAGUUCCAGGAUGAGGGCGCUGUUGCUAAGAUGGAUGAACGUGCAGUAGUUGGAUGGAUCGAGGGAGUAUAUCUGUUCUCAUAUGUCUGGUCGAUCGGUGCCAGCAUCUCCGGCGAGGGUCGGGUCAAGUUUGAUCUUCUUCUCCGAGAGCUGAUAGCUGGAGGACUUUCAGAAGAAUCUCGUAGCAAGUUUCGUCUGAUUGAGUUUGUUGAUCCACCCAUCAAGCCGUUUACCAUGCCGUUCCCCAAAGAGGGCAGUGUCUAUGACUACAGAUUUAUCAAAGAGGACCUCGGUCGAUGGGAAUUGUGGAUAGAGGAGAUAAAGGAGGCCCCGCCCAUUCCGAAAGAUGCUGCAGUCAACUCCAUCAUCGUGCCAACCAUUGACACAGUCCGAUACACAGCCCUGAUGAACAUGCUGGUUAGCCAUCAGAAACCUUGUCUCUUUGUUGGUCCUACCGGUACUGGAAAGUCUGUCUACAUCACAGAAUUCUUGCUGAACAGUCUUGAUAAAGAAUUGUACAAACCAAUCAUCAUCAACUUCUCUGCCCAGACUUCAGCAAAUCAGACCCAAGAUAUCAUCAUGUCUAAGUUGGACAAGCGCAGGAAGGGAGUCUUUGGUCCACCCUUUGGAAAGAAAACUAUUGUAUUUGUUGAUGAUCUGAACAUGCCUGCUAGAGAAGUAUAUGGAGCCCAGCCUCCUAUAGAGUUAUUACGUCAAUGGUUAGACCAUUGGAAUUGGUACGACCUCAAGGAUUGUACAGCUAUGAAACUGAUUGAUAUCCAGAUUAUGGCAGCCAUGGGACCCCCAGGUGGUGGUCGUAACCAAAUCACACCAAGAUUCCUCCGUCAUUUCAACACUAUGACUAUCAAUGAGUUUGAUGAUUCUACUAUGGUCGGUAUCUUCAGUAAGAUCAUGUCUUGGCAUGUUUCAUCAAGGAACUUCUCCAAGGACUUUGAGCCAAUCGUUGACCAGAUUGUGUCAGCAACUGCUGAGGUAUACAAGGCAACCAUGUCCAACCUCCUACCCACCCCAGCCAAGUCACAUUAUCUGUUUAACCUGAGAGACUUUGCCCGUGUCAUCCAGGGUGUUCUACUCUCUGUACCAGACUACUGUGAGACCCCAGCCGUUAUGAAGAGAUUGUGGGUCCAUGAGGUAUUCCGAGUAUACUACGAUCGUCUCGUGGAUGACAACGAUCGCAAAUGGACGGUGAACUGUGUAAUGGAUAUCAUGAAGAGCCAUCUGAAAGAAGACUUCCACACACUCUUCACCCAUCUAGACUCCAACCAAGACGGAAAAGUUGAGGAGGAUGACCUCCGUAGUUUGAUGUUCUGUGACUUCACCGAUCCUAAGAAUGAGAAUAAGAACUACAUUGAGGUGUUGGACGUGGAGAAGCUGAGGGUGAUUGUUGAGAGUCACUUGGAAGAGUUUAACGCCAUGAGCAAGAAACCUAUGAAUUUAGUUAUGUUCAGGUUUGCUAUUGAGCACGUAUCAAGGAUAUCACGUGUGAUCAAGCAACCCAAAGGUCAUUGUCUUCUAGUUGGUGUCGGUGGUAGCGGACGUCAUUCCUUGACCCAUCUGGCUAGUCACAUGGCUGACUAUGAACUUUUUGAGGUUGAAAUCUCCAAGAACUACACAUCAGUUGAAUGGCAUGAAGACCUGAAGGUCAUUUUGAGGAAAUCAACAGAAGGAGAGCAACAUGGAGUAUUCUUAUUCUCAGACACACAGAUUAAACAAGAGUCAUUCCUUGAAGACAUCAAUAACCUUCUAAAUGCUGGUGAAGUUCCAAAUCUCUUUGCCACAGAUGAGAAGGCAGAAAUAUGUGAAAAGAUGAGAGUCAUUGACAGGCAACGUGACAAGUCGAAACAGACCGAUGGUUCUCCUAUCCAACUCUUCAAUCUUUUUAUUGAGCGUGUGAGAGAGCAGCUUCAUGUGGUCUUGGCUAUGAGUCCCAUUGGAGAUGCAUUUCGGAACAGACUUAGAAAGUUCCCAUCUCUUGUCAAUUGCUGUACCAUCGAUUGGUUUCAGUCAUGGCCAGAAGACGCUCUGCAGGCUGUUGCAUCUCGUUUCUUGGACGACGUUGAAAUGGAUGAUGACAUCAAGGAAGGCUGCAUCAACAUGUGUAAGCUGUUCCACACCACAACACGUACCCUGUCUCAAAAGUUCAAAGAUGAGCUGGAGAGGCACAACUAUGUGACUCCGACCUCUUACCUGGAAUUAAUCAACACUUUCAAGACUCUACUAAACAAGAAGAGACAAGAGGUGUAUCGUAACAAGCGUCGAUACGAGGUUGGUUUGGAGAAACUCCAGUCUGCAGCAUCUCAAGUCUCUACUAUGCAGAAAGAACUUGAGGAACUCCAACCUCAGCUUGUGGUAGCUAGUAAGGAGGUCGAUGAAAUCAUGGUAGUCAUCGAGAAGGAAUCUAUUGAGGUUGCAAAGACAGAGAAGAUUGUGAAAGCUGAUGAAGAGGUGGCCAAUAAGCAAGCCAUGGCUGCUAAGGCUAUCAAAGAUGAAUGUGAUGCUGAUCUAGCUGUAGCUCUACCCAUCUUAGAGUCUGCUCUAGCAGCUCUUAAUACCCUAACAACACAGGAUAUCACGGUAGUAAAGGCCAUGAAGAGCCCUCCUGCUGGUGUCAGACUUGUGAUGGAAGCAGUCUGUAUCCUGAAAGGACUCAAACCAGACAGGAUCCCUGAUCCUGGUGGAUCCGGUAAGAAGAUUGAAGACUUCUGGGGUCCAUCUAAGAGGCUCCUUGGAGAUAUGAAGUUCCUUCAGAGUCUGCACGAGUAUGACAAGGAUAAUAUCCCUCCAAACAUUAUUAAGACAAUCCGUACCAAGUACAUCCCCAAUCCAGACUUUGAUCCUGCCAAGAUCAGACAGGCCUCUACUGCCUGUGAGGGUCUCUGUAAGUGGUGCCGUGCCAUGGAUUCAUAUGACAAAGUGGCUAAAGUGGUUGCGCCCAAGCAGGAAGCCUUGGCGGCUGCUGAAGGUGAGUUGAAGGUAGCCAUGGCAGGAUUGGAGAAGAAACGAGCAGCACUCAAAGAAGUCCAGGACAAACUCAAGAAGCUUGAAGACAAACUUGAAGCUAACAAGAAGAAGAAGCUAGAUCUUGAGAAUCAGGUAGAUCUGUGUUCCAAGAAACUUGACAGAGCUGAGCAACUCAUUGGUGGAUUAGGAGGAGAGAAAGACAGAUGGAACCAAUCAGCCGCUGACCUUGGUAAACUCUAUAUCAACUUGACUGGUGAUGUGCUCAUUUCUUCUGGUCUGGUUGCAUACCUUGGUGCAUUCACAUCUGCCUAUAGACUGGUGAGUAGAAACUAGCACAGUCUUUUUUUAUGAUGAGAUCAUAGGAUAUAUUAUUGAAUAAUUAGUGUAUGUAGCCUUGAUCUGCUGAAAUAUUAUUGUGAUGUUUGCUGAAUGGCCGAUGCGUGUGAUGAGAGAAGGCACUGAUUUGACUCAUUAUUUAUGGAUAUCAUAUUUACAAUGUUUGCUAUCUCUUCCAAAGCUGUAUUACCUGUCACUUGCCCAUUAGUGCUACAGCUGCAAUCUAAACUUGUGAUGUAAAUUGGCAUGCAACAAAGAGAUUCAGUGCAUUUUGAUGGCUUUCAAAAGAAGAAAAAAAAGAAAGAGAGAGUCAUAAGAGGAAACAGAUUGAGAAUAAGAGGAAGAUGGAGGGGAGAAAGAAAUGUGCAAUAUCUCAAGAGAAAAUACAUGUAUAAUAUGAUUCAAAUUUCUGCUUAUAGGGGAGAAAGGAGGGGGAGGAGGAGGAGGGGAAAUGGGAAAUAGAAAAAUAAAAGAGGCAGAGAUUACAUAAAAGCAAACAGAAGAGCAUAUG